AUCUUAACUCCGACGAUUGCUUUCUGAAGUCGAACAAAUUAAUGACUCUGAAGAAAUGAAGCAUGAAAUUUUGAGAAGAUUCAUUUCUGUCACAUUAUCACGCAUUGGUUACAACGUAGGAUGUUAUCCUCAAAUAUAUAUCGUAAUUCCGUUCAUGUUUACAAUUGUGUUUGCAACGGGACUAUUAAAUAUAUCAUCUUCGAAGGACAUAGAAUAUCUUUAUGUACCAUCCGAUGCAAGUAGCAAGGCAGAUAGAGCAGCUAUCGAAUCAAUGUUUUCCGCAAACAUGUCACAAUGCGAUUACAGCAGAAUAUCUAGAUUCGAAGCGGCUAUAGUUUUGGUAACGUCGAAAAAUGAAACUUCCAUAUUGGAAGAAACAGUAAUUGAAGAAAUCAUCGAACUGGACGAUAUUAUACGAAAUGUCAGUGUUCUAUGGAAUAACGCAUUCGUUCGUUAUGAAGAUUUAUGUUGUAGAACGGAUGAGAACACUUGCCACGAAAAUUACGCUUUGUCUUUGAAAGGAAAGACAAAUUAUAUCAAGAACAGACUGUACAAAAUCAAAUAUCCAUUUGAUAAAAUUGAAGGUAAACUGAUAAUCUCGGGUUUUGAAUUUGGAGGUGUCACUGUAGAUGACGAAAAUAUGCUGAUAGAUUCCAAGGCAUUAAGACUUUAUUAUCAACUGGACCAUGUAACAGAAGAGAAGAAAAAAAUAGCAUUGAAAUGGGAAGAAACUCUUUCAGAAAUAUUAUCAAAAAUUAAUAUGAAUCAUAUUAAAAUUUAUAAAGCGUUUUCUCACUCUGUCAAUAACGAAAUUAACCGAAUGGGCGAGAGUGUUUUAUCUCUUAUAAUUAUUAUUGCUCCAAUUAUGCUGAUAUUCUCAGCAGUUUCUUGCUUAUCGACAGAUGCUCUCCGCAGUAAGUUUUGGUUGGGUGUUUCUGGCUGCGCAUCCCCUUUUUUAGCUACUGUUGCAGCAUUCGGACUACUGAUUUAUUGUAAAAUGGAGUAUGCAACCUUGAACAUCGUAAUUAUUUUCUUAAUGUUAGGUAUCGGUGUAGACGAUUCCUUUAUAUUGAUAGCUUCAUGGAGAAGAACAGAUGUCAAUGAUCCAGUUCCAAAUAGAAUGAAAGAAGCCUACGCCGAAGCUGCAGUAUCCAUCACUAUUACGUCUCUGACCAAUCUUCUUGCAUUUUCUAUGGGAUUCAUAACACCAUACAAAUGUAUUCAUAUAUUCAGCGCUUAUGCAGCUCUAGCAAUCGUGUUUGAUUAUAUUUAUCAGUUAUUCUUUUUUGGAGGGCUCAUGGCUCUGGACGGAUACAGAGAAAAGUAUGAGCUGCAUUCUGUCUUUUGCUGGCCAAUCAAACGAAUUAAUCAGAAAAUUGAAAACAGAAAACAAUUUACUGCAACAAGCAAAAAGGAAGAAAAUAUUUUCAUGGCAUUUUUUGGCAAUGUACUAGGCGAAAUUCUUGGGAAAUCAAUCGUUAAAACUAUCGUGAUUGUUCUCUUCAUUAUUUAUCUAACAGGUGCAAUAUAUUGUAUGCGAUUCAUUCGAGAGGGAGUGGUCUUUACUAUAUUUUUUCCCCACAUUUCUUAUAUUUUUCAGUAUGUAACCUUUGAAUACAAGUAUUUCUCUAACUAUAGUCAUCAAGUGCAAAUAGUCAUAAAUCAAACAUUCGAUUAUUCCAAUGUCAGUGUUCAAAAUAACGUAGAAGAUCUCCUGCAAAGUUUCGAAUCUGCACCUUUCAUGUCUGAUUCGUCGACCACAGAAAGUUGGCUGAGAGAAUUUCUGGCAUUUACUAAAUCUCCUGUUGCAAAGUUUUCGCUUUCUGGUUACAAUCUGAGUGAUUCUGAUGACUUUUUGAGUGCAUUUAAAAAUGUCUUUUUAAAACUCAAAAUAGCAAGUAGACUUAAAAAUGAUGUUAUUUUCAACGAAGAAGGUGAUCAAAUUAUUGCUUCUAGAUUUCUCGUAUCCAGUUACGAUAACAAAACUGGAAUUGAUGAACAACAUUUUCUUGAGACUUGCGUAUAA